AUGUUGGAUCCAUCGGAAGAAUUUGCAUAUCCGAGCACGACACCAAAUAGGUCAGAGCAUAUUUUAACCGUAAUUUUCCUCUGUUCCAGUUGUCUGAGCCCGAGAUCUGCGUUCUUCUACGAGUUCCCUCCUAACGAGCAAGGACAAAACACGAGCAAGAAGAAGACAACGUUUUCGAGGCUACUGCGAGGAUUGAAGACGCACAAAAAAGAGAAACAAGGCCAACAAGCACAAGCAUCUCCCAGGCAUGGUCGCGCAAGGAUGGGCGUUCCACAAAGAGUAGACACACCUGACAGUGUUUUACAAAGUGGUUUGGGUCUCGGACCUGACAUGGGACACACGAUUCUCCGUUCAAUGGUGGAUCCUCGAGAUUACGAUCGACUAAGAUACCUACAAAUGAAUGGCGGUCAACCAAAUAGUUUCGAAGAAACCAUUCACAGGCUGAAAGUUCAAGAGGCGCUGCGAAAGAAAGAGCGGUUUCACAAAGAGCACGAGGAGAUACUGAGGGAUAUCCGGCAGGGUUUAAUGCAGCUAGGACGAGACGGACGGGGUCAGCUCCCUGGGGAUGACACGUAUAUGUACGACGAAGAUGCACGAUGCGGAGGUGCUAGUGUUUUGGGUCCCGGACCAGGUGGCCACUGGUAUGACGAACCACCUUACGAAUCGGAUCCCGAGGAUUUUCUUAUGGGAGCUAGUGGCGGUCCGGUACCUACGGCAACUAUUCAGAACGGAAGGGUAUGCUUCACGCUGAAUAUGAGACCGGAAAAUCGAGGCGAAGGUGUGAUCUCUCUUCGGACAGCCGGCGAUAUCAGUUUGCCACGCGAUCACUCGAGAAAAGGUGCGACAUCGACGAUGCGAGGUCUCAUCGUUCCUCAGGGUCACAAUAAUCCGCCGACGAUUAUACCCUUAACACAUUCGAGGGCUUCUCGUGAGAGCGGAGAUUACGCGAGUAGCGACGUGCAGAGUGUGAGCUCGAGACUGUCGACUGUGUCGGUGGACACGAGUAGGAGCGACCAGCCUCCGGUGGGCGGUCGCCAUCCCGAUCGGCCGGAGCAUCACCACGAGCACCGUCACAACCAUCGCCAUCAUCACGAACAUCACCACACGGUCUCACCCCGACCCAAUCAGCGUCACCCCGCCGCCACUAGCACGACCGUUACCAACACCGUCACCGACGCAACGUCACCGCAAAGCAACGCGCAACGCCGCCCGGUUCCCAGAUAUAGCCGGAGUAGCGGUGAGGAGGGACUGUCGCCGAGCCAGAGUAGCGACUAUGAGGAUCAAGAAGAACUCGAGAGUCAACACUCGGCCGCCGUGCAUACAUCGGAGGCCAGCGCUCUGCUCGAGAGCGAUGCCAGGGUAGGUAUCGCGGGCCGCGCGAGGAAUUUAAGGCACGACGUGCAGCGAAAGAUCUCAAGGCUGCGCCAGGAUCGCGCGUCCUCGGAGGCGUUUCCGUGCAGUGCGAGCAGCGUUGAGAGCCUGCCGAGCGGCAGCGGUUCGAGCACGCAGGCCCUGGUACGCGCGGGAAGCAAUCACAGCUCGAUAUCCUGCGAGGACAGGGAUGCCGCCAGCCCGACGUCCAUCGGUCCCGUCCUGUGUCGAGCGAGGGCACUGGUGGAUUACACGCCCAGUCCUUACGACAAGGACGCGUUAAAGUUCAAGAAGGGAGACGUAAUCGAUGUGGUACAGAUGAACAAGAGCGGACUGUGGAAGGGCUUCGUGCAUAACAGGACAGGCCUCUUCAAGUUCAUAAACGUCGAGAUACUGAACGACAGGGUGCCCAGGCGGGGAGAACCGGAGCGGGGCAAGUGGGGUCAGAGAUACAGGCAGAAGCCGGGUUCCGUUCAAGAGCUCUUGCAGAGAAUGAAUCUUCAGGAACAUAUUCCAGUUUUUGUGCUGAACGGAUACGAGGAUCUAGAGCUCUUCAGGGAGUUAGAAGCGGCGGAUCUGGACUAUUUGCGUAUACAUCAAGCCGAGCAUCGUGCCAAGAUACUCACCGCUGUGCAACUCCUACACGAUCUUCAGUCGGGUAGCGAGGGUGACCUGGCCUCGAGUUCGGAGGGCGACGAGGUCAGUCGUUUGGUUUUAACCUCCGGCCAGACGUCUGGCCACUGUUCGCCAUUUAACCGACGCCAGUUCCCACGGGACUCCGGCUGCUACGAUGCGCACAAGAAUACCACCAGUCGACGGACCAUCAGCCCGGAAUCGACCACGACGUCGUCGAAGCUGUCAAGGGAGAACAAUCUGGACGGCGCGACGGCGGUAACGAAGAACACCAGCGGUACUGGUGCUACAGACGACGGUCUGACCGAUCCAAAAGAUGACUUUCAUCCCAACAUACCGAUCACCAGCUCGGUAACCGGCCAGAAAGAGAAUCAGUUUGAAAAAUCGCCGUUACUGCGGGGUGGCAACGUGCGAUACAUUGCGAAGAGGGGCAACUUUGGUGAGACGGUGGUGAUCGAGGACGCCUGCGAAGGCGGCCAGAAAUUGGGCGGUAUGGUCAAGUACAUGGUCGGUGGUACUAAUGAUCUCGGCCUUGAGGGCACCGGCAAUGUCACCGGCCUCAGCCAGCGCGGUUGCCUCAGCGAGAAGUCCAGCGACUCCGGUGUCAGCUCGUCCAGCAUUAGCUCGGCGCCUCCGCCCAGGGACAAAGUACUUGCAACCGCCAGCGCCGUGUCGGACUCGCCGACCAAGAACUUCGGUAGUUUCAGCAGAGCGUCGCCGACUUCUCAGAGCGGUAGCAAGAGUCAGAGCAACGACGGGAGUUAUCAAUAAGAAAAACGGCAUAAAUCGCCAGAAGACCGGCCGAUUUGCGGUGCGAUCUUAGGUCGAAGGUAAGACAUACGAAAAUAAGAGACUCGUGCAAUUAAGCGACACUGGAGCGGCCUUAGUUCAAAUUCAAAAAGGAUUUACACGAUCGUCUUCAGGCUAUGAUUCGUCCACGAGAUAUCGAGCAAUAUCGAGAUCAAUAAUUAUCUCAAACACUUUAUAUCCAACGAAAGAUGUAAUACUUCCGAAUAAUAGCGAUCUUGACGAGCGUACUUGACAAUGUUUCUUCCAUUUCGGAUAACUCGCAGAAUAAAAGCAGUUCUGACGAAAUUGCUAACGAUAGAUAAUAAAUAAUUGACAUUUGCCACCAUGUCCGCUCGUUGCGAUGACUAUCGCGCGCUCAAUCGCAUCUCGAUUUGAAAUAUAUCUCGCAAAAGCAAUAUCUCAUUUCCUGUUAUUGUUGUUGGCAAAGUACCGAGGGUCACUCACUUUAUUUGAAAUUUCUGUCACGGGCGCGAAUGGAAAUUCUAAUGUCUCUCGAUGUAACACCUUCCCGAUAUUAAUGUCGGAAAGGAAACAUUUUGUUACCCUUUGGUUACGCGAUGGGAAGAACUGACACAAGAAUUCAGUGAAAUUUUAGCAGUUGUAACAAGGGCUCCCCGGAGCAUCGGCAAAGUUCUUCGCGUUUACGUCCGCGUUUCGGUCCGAACCGAGAUGCAUCUCGAAUAAGCGCUCGGCAUCUCGAAACCGCCAAGUCACAUCGCGCCUACGUAUAGCCGUGUAAUUAAUAAUAAGCAAAUACUAUGUGAUACGGUAGCAAUAUAACGAUCGAUUAAAGGUCGAAUACGUAAAAGAGAGAAGAAGUAACAACGGCCGGCGACCGUAAUUUGCGUUGCACGAUUCGUCGUCGCGAUUCAUCGCCAUUACGUACAAUAAGUGUAAAAAGGAAAAAAAAAGGAGAGGAAAAAAGGCACGAACGAAGAUCCAAUAUAACGUUAUGCGUCCGUUAGUUUUGAUUUCGCGUUCGAUACUAUCUGUCGGUUUCAUCUUCGUCCGGGACGACCUCGCGAUUAAUCACAGCAAAUGCUAUAUAGUUCGCCCGACGAGCUUCGUCAAAAACUGCCACACCGUUAUCGAGUUCUCGUCUCUCGUUUAACGGCGAUCUCUUAUCUUGUAUAUUUUGGACCUCGCUUUUUUUUUUGUACCGCCCGUUUGAUCACGUCACUAGGAAGUGACGCGUGUGCGCGUAACCGUGCGCAAACGAGACGAAGUUUUACGAAAAUCGUCCCGAGACACUCGCGACAAUUUUUCGCUUAUACAAUACGGCGCGCAAACUCGUGAGGAUCCAUCUUAUUAAACAGUAGUAGAGAAAUGCGAAUUAUCACAGGAUGCCUUACGAGCGUUUUUCACUUACUUAGCUGAAUUUACGCGACCUUUCAAUAAAGCCCGAUUAUACGAGCGCGUCGACUCACGAGGAAGUAUCUUCUACUUAUAAUACUUUUCAUAUACGUUCGCAUAUAUAAUUUUGUACGGAGUAGCGAGAACGCCCGAAGUCUCCAUAGUCUAGCGGCGCCGAUUAAAACAUUCGCUGCAUUCGUCACUCGGACUUUGCUUACUGUUUUAACGACCGACAAUCCCCCAUCGUCGAUGCGACUCGUCAGUUCUUCGACACGAUGGUAAACCCAUGUACAUGUGUGUAUAUUGACCACGCCACGGGAGGAAGAAAACGUUGAAAGUUACAGAGAUUUUGUAUGUACAUAUAAAUAAUUUUACGCGUAGGAUUUAACGAUGUUUUGUAUUGACCUUGCCCGUUUGCCAAAACUUAAGACUAUAGGCUAUAUAUACGCGAUAUGUACACAUUAUAUCGUACCGUUGGAUCUUAUGUACAUCUCUUGUAUAGUGUAAAAUCAUAGAUGAAUUUAUGAGACGCGGGAGCGCAAUCAGAGAAUGGGUGUUACGGGAGGAGCCGAGAAGCCCGAUGGAUAAUAAUAAAUCUUAAGUAAUAAUUUUAGCUGUUACGAGACGCAGCGACGAGCGCAUUAUUAAUUAAAAUUGAAGGGAAAAGGAAAUAAAGUACACGCGCGCCCGCCGCGAAUGAACGAACGAGCGAAACAAUAUCGGCGGAUAGCACGCGGAAGCGAUCGGCGAUAUUAAAGAGUUUAUCGCGAUGCCAUACUACGAUAAAUAUGCUAAAGUCUCAUAUUGGACAGAUUAAUCGAAGAAGUAUCUAAAAACGUAGACCACUCACGGUUUCUAUCAUUUUAUAAUUAGAUGAUCCGAAGAUAUUAAUCGCAAAGUAUCUCUUUAGAGGCACAUGAGUGAAUAAAUUGUCUUUCUAAAUUGCAAUCAGUGACAAGUUUAAGUGUACAAAAAUAUCAGUGUAUUUUCAUUGAUUUCACUGAUUUUUUAUUGAUUGUAAUUUGGAGAGAUAACACGAAUUGACAUGUACUGGAAGUGAGCCAAUACUUCGUGACGAUCCAUACGAGUUAAAUUGAUCGCUAGUUCAAGAUUGUGGAAACCGUGGAACCGUAGUAUUUAUCGUAUCUGAAGUAUGUUAUCGCGAUAAGAGCCUAUCGAAAGCAUUUCGCACGACACACGCGUACACUUUUUACACAAAUAAUCAUCAUCCACGUAACGUAGAGCGUGCUUCUUCUCCAACUUCAUCGCGCUACUACAAUCACACCGCGGGGAAUGAAUUUGAAGGAGCGACAAUGGAGAUAUCCGAAAAUCGGCCCGAAAAUCGACUGUGAUUAGACCGAACGAGUAGUUGCAAGUUGCUUUUAUCGACGUCGAGAUUGAUUAAUGCGAUUAACGCUCGAUCGCGGCUGCAGCGUGCGAUUUUCGUGCCGAGACCGAAGUUUCGCAAUAUCGGGAUUUACGUCGCGUCCCGUCCGCGAGUAAGCUCCAUCAGCGGGCACUUUUUUUAUCGAGUUUGUGCGAUGAUCCGACGAUCCGAAGGAGAGGCGCCGGGAGGACGUUUCCGAUAAACGGUACGUCGAUUUCGGUGAUUUCUGCUAGUUUAUCCGUUCCAUCGAGAGUACCAACAUGUGCGGAGAAUGAGUGAAGUGAUUGUUAUUAAAGGGAGGGUUGAAACAGCGAAGGAUGAGAGGAAUGAUUGAAAAUUGUGUGCAUGUGCGUCUAUGUGUGCGUAUAUGUGCGAUAGAGAGGCGCUGUGAGAGAGAGCGAGAGAGAGAGAGAGAGAAUAAAAAAGGCGAGAGGGUCGACGUGAUGUUAAAUUUAGUAACGAGUUUAUGAGAGUACGAAUAGACACGAUAGUGAUUUUAUUUAGCUCGGGAGAAAAAAAAAUUACACGCAGCAUUUGAUGUAAAUUCAUUCUAAUCGUAGACCCAAGGCGCAGAAUAAUCGAAAUAGAUAAUUUUAAGCGUACCUUAAGGGAGAAGCGAGUCGUUGACAAAAGAAGGCCUAUGGCGUCGCCUUGCACGAUCCCCUCGCCCCCGCGCCCCUCGAAACGGCGAAGCGAUCGCUUAGAUAAAUUUAAUAUUCGUCGAUCGAGAACACACGCCACGAAGCGCGGCCACGCCACGAAGGGUCGAAUGAAAUUAAGCGUUUAUGUAGCGGUCUAGUCCAUUCUUCUCGCGUGAUUAACGAAUAUAAUGUACAUAAAAUAAUAAAACGAUAAAAGAAACACAACAGAUUUAGAGAGAGAAACGGCGAGUCGCGACCGCGAAUUAGCGCGCAUCGUCGUACCUUUUUAUAAGCUGAUUUUGUAUUUAUUGAUUAAUUGCGGGGUUUAUAGAUGAUCUUACACACACACACACACACACACACACACACACACACACACACACACACACACACACGAAUUACACACGAUUCUCAUCGUCUCUCGGUUCUCAUAAUGAUUUCCAAUGAUAAGUGUUAAUUUAUUGACUGUGAAUAGAAAUAAACGAUGGAAGAGAUUCAAACGAGAA